CCGUAACGGUGCAAGUGACGCGAAUCGCGGGACGGCGCUGGGUUUCGAAACGCUGGUCGAGAAAGGAAAGUCAAUCACGCAGCGCCUCGAGUCCAUGGAAGGAAUAGCUAUAUCCAUCGCCGCCUGCAGCCUUGGACCCGAACACGCACCUCUGGAAUAUAUAAGGCCCUCCUUCAUUUCCACAUCUCUGUCUCUUGUUUUCGCUAUUCGCCCCGCCAUGUCCUCGCCCCGUCCUGACCACGAAAUGUCGAGCAGCACCGUCGCCUGCCGACCAUCCGCGCUGAAGCGCUCGUCUAGCCCCGAACUGAACACGCUUAAGCGCAAGGAGCCGCCAUCGGGCGAUGAGGAUGAGCGACAGACGCCUGCGUCCCGUCGACGGCAGUCGUCUCCCGACGCCUCGCGCUCGUGCGAGCAGGUUGAUGCCCGCUCGUCGGUCCCCUGCGAGCGCUGCGGAAACCGUGUCUCCCUCCGUAGCACGGAGACGGGAGAGCUAUCGAUGGCCGCCUGGGAGGCCCAUCGCGCUGUCUGUCGGGGACCUUCGUCGCCAUCCGUGUCCGUGAAGGAGACCGUCUUCUACUCGCCAGAAACACCAUCGCACCCCCUCUCGCACCCACCCACCAAGCGGCGCCGGGCGAAGCGCACGGAGGAGGAGCGCAUCGCGUACCUCAAGAACGAUCGCUACGUCGCGCAGUUCGAGGCGUACCGCGUACUCUGCGGCUCCUGCAACAAGUGGAUCCGCCUCCGACCCAACUCAACCUACUGCAGCAUCCCGUGGGACGCUCACCGCAAGUCAUGCCUGGCGAAAAAGAUCAACAAGAACUCGCACCUCCUCGAGGAGUGCAACGGGACGUUCUCCAAGGAUCCGGAUAUCCGCAAGUUCGACUGUGAGCGCGUGCUCUGCGCGGUGUGCGAUGACUGGGUGUCGGUCAACCCAGAGGACCACGCGCGCGCUAUCCAGCAGUGGCUUGCCCAUCGGGAGGCAUGUCGCGGCCAGUCGCCAUCCGUCGUUGCCCUCGCCAAGGCAGCGACCUCCCAUCACACACCGCCCUCGGAGUCGAAUGUCAUGGCGCCCAUGCGGCGUCUGUCGAGCCCGACGGAGCGUACCCUCCCUCCGCCAUCCGAGCUCCUUCAUAACGCCCCGCUCCCUCGGGCCGUCGCACCCCCUCCACCAAUCCCCGGACCACCCGCGCUCACCACGCCCGGCGGAUCCGUCGCCAGUCCGUCGACCAGCCCGACGAUCGCGACCGUGCCCCUUGCCGGCGCCGUCCAGUAUCUCGGGAGCCAGCCCGCGGACGCGCGCAAGCGCAACGCGGAGCAGCGCCGGGCGCACCUGCUGAGCGACGAGCUCGUCGAGGCUGUGGAGCCGAGCCGCGCGUUCUGUAGGCUUUGUCAGAAGUGGGUGCAGCUGCGGCAGGACAGCACGUACUGCGCGUAUCCAUGGACCCAGCAUCGGGGGAAGUGUCUGGCAAGGCACGAGCGUCGGGUGCAGAAGCAGCGGGCUGCGAAUGCCGCGUCAAGUCAUCAUCAACCGAGGGAGGAAGACGACGAAGACGCCGAUGCGGAUGGCGAGUUCGAGGAAGAGGACGACCAGGCGAUCGUCAUAUCAUCCUCAGCAGGCAUCCACCCGUACCAUCCCAAUUCGCGUAUCGUGGACAUGCGCCAACACGAGCACCAGUCUGCCGGUGGUCAUCAUCGCCCUCCCUCGACAGACCACCAGCAAGCGCCUCGCUCGCCGCCCGCGCCGCGCAUGAUUGCCACCACCUACCCAAGCCCCGCUUCCGCUGCGCGCCUCCACCACCCAUCCACCACCCCGCGCCGCCGCGCCGACUCGUACUCCCACCGCCCGUCGCCGCGCGGCCCGCCUUCACCACGUCGCCCAGAUCUCGUCUCCGCGGCCGGGCGCCGCGCAUUCGUGCACACCUCCGCCGCGCACCUCUUCCGCACGACGUACGACCCUGAGGAGAAGGACGUGCUCACCGUGAGCUCGCUGCUCACGUACAUCAACGCCGCGCUGCCCCCCGACCGCUGCGAGGAGUUCGACACGAGCGAAGUGGCGCGGGCGCUGCAUGGGCUCGAGGGCGGCGGGGAGAGCCGGAGCGUCGCGCUGGAGGGCGAUGUUAUUCGUUGGCUUAUGUAGGGUGAGGGUCCUUACCUCUUGGACGUAUAUGCUUGAAUGUCUGCUGGAUUCUGGGAUUUGUAUAAGUAUCACGUCGACUAGUCGGCUCUAUGUAUCGGGACUUACCAUGUAUGCCUCUUGUAUCGCGAGAUAUCCGUAUGUUUGACUCCUCCGUUGUCGUCUGUAAUUUUUCCCUAUCAUGAGCCUAUAACAUGAGUACAAGUGUAGGCCUGCACGGC